GUAAAUGGUUACCAAAACCAACAAAAGCCUAUAAUAAUUGGAGAGUGCGACCUCUCUCCGACAAGGCAUAAUAAUAACGAACACGGGUUAGGAGAAUCAUGAAACCUGCCAACCUCACUCUCUUUGCAUAUCUGGACAGAAGAGAAAAAUCUCUCUCUUUUCUCUCUCCUCCUCUCUCGUUUUCUUUUGUUCAUUAUUUAGUUAAAUAAUGUUUUAUUGUGGGACAAGGGAGAAGAGACCGAGUAUAUAAAGGGGUUCAUGCUCCUUUACUUAUAUUCAAAAGUUGUGGCAUGCACUAUUGAGUUGCUGCAUUUGGUGCGCAAGGCACUAGCUAGUUAGUUAAUUGGUGGUAUAUAGAGGGAAGAGAGAGAGAGAGAGAGAGAGAUGGGCAUGUACUCUUCUUAUCUCAUCUUAUGGCUAAGCUUAUUGAUGUCAUGUUGUGCUCCACUAAGCUUAGCAAUCCACCAACACAAGCGUUGGCCAAUCGGAGGAUCCACUAGGUUCUACGACUUCAAGGUGCAAACGUUGAAGGUGACGAAGCUGUGUAAGACGAGGGACAUCGUAACCAUCAAUGGCAUGUACCCAGGCCCCGUCGUGUACGCGCAGGAGGACGAUCGCGUCAUCGUCAAGGUCACCAACGAGACACCCUACAACGCAACCAUCCACUGGCACGGGGUGCGGCAGCGGCUGUC